CCAAUUACUAGUAACAAGUGUAAAUUCUUAGUAGAGGAAUUUUUUUUGCCAAAUUAUAAAUCAGGGAUUUAAUUUUGUAUCUUUAUUUUAUACAACAUGUCAUACCAACAUUGCGGAAUGCCCGAUCAGACGUUUCUUUGGGACGUAUUUCAAAGGGUCGAUAAAGACAGGAGUGGAUAUAUCUCUGCAGAUGAACUACAGGUUGCUCUCUCCAAUGGCACAUGGUCAGCUUUUAACCCGGAAACAGUUCGACUUAUGAUCGGAAUGUUUGAUCGCCAAAACAGGGGAACCGUAUCUUUCGAGGAUUUCGGAGCACUAUGGAAAUAUGUAACUGAUUGGCAAAAUUGUUUUCGCUCGUUCGACCGGGACAAUUCCGGCAACAUUGACAAGCAAGAACUUAAAACUGCUUUAACUUCCUUCGGCUAUCGUCUAUCUGACAAUCUUAUUGAAAUAUUGCUCCGUAAAUUCGAUCGCUUUGGCAGAGGAACAAUCCUUUUCGAUGAUUUCAUCCAAUGCUGUAUUGUUCUAUAUACUUUGACUACAGCCUUCAAGCAACAUGACACCGACAUGGAUGGGGUCAUAACAAUCCACUACGAACAGUUUUUAAGCAUGGUUUUUUCACUUAAGAUUUAAUAAUCAAAUGUCAAAUUUAUACUAUACAAAUGUAACUUUAUAUGUAUACAAAUA